CGUGUAUCUGAGCAUCUGAUUUAUGCAGAAUCAUCAGGAACAAUUAUAGUUUCACUGUCUCAAGCCUAUCUUAUUUCUGUUGUACAUUUCUGAGACAAACAAUACAAGAGCGGGCUUCCUUUACGCCUUUACGCUGGUCGUAAUCUCUUUGCGCAUGCACUUUCCGACAGAUAGUUGUGAACUUGCUCCUUGUUCAAUGCCGGCCGGUUCCGAAAGUUGUGCCGAACGUCCGGACUGCAGUAACUGAGAAACGAAGCCUUCUGACAGCACAGAUAAUCGGCACACCACGAUGCCGAGACCGCAACACUUUCCCUGUCCACGGUGUCAGUGGAGGUCACUGACCUUGAAGUCCCUCUUUCGCCACAUAGGCUCGUCGCACGCCCACGAGAGGAACUGGAUUUGUGGCCUACAGGGGUGUAUGUCCACACAUAAGUCAUAUGCUGCUUAUCGAAGGCACGUCUCUAACAGGCACAAUGGUCUCCUAAAAGAUGAAGACCCAGCAGCGAGCACGUCUCAGGAUGUUCAUGAUGAAGGUGGUCAACAGCUCAUGGAAAGUGCUGACCAGGGCGUUGAUCACUCUCAAAAUGUGAAUUUGGAAAGUGACGCAAAUGAAGUUUCUGGGGAGCUGAAUGAAACUUUCGGAGAGUCUCAAGUGACUGAAAUGCAAGAGUUUUCACCUAUGCCUGAUCCUGUAAAAAGCAUGAGCUUGCUUUUUUUGAAAUGGAAAGAGGGAAUGAGGCUGCCUGAGGCAACAGUGAGUGAGAUCGCAAAUGACAUUAUACUGUACCUACAACAGUUUGUGCAGCAGUCUUCAGACAUGCCAAGUGGGGCACUCGUUCAAGAUGUUAUAAAAGAACUUCCUGCACUCCAGACGAAGUCAGGCCGGGAACAAUAUUGGCAAAGCACGCUGCCCUAUGUAACUCCCACAACAAUUGUGUUGGAUAAAAAGCCAAAUGGAAAGGCCAUAACCUAUCAGUACAUCAGCAUUCUGAAGGUCUUAAAGAAGUACCUGCAGUCCCCUAAUGCCUCUUUUAGAAGUGGACAGAGAGCUGAAGAGGGCCGCCUAGCUUCAGUUUUCGAUGGGUCCGCAUUCAGGGAUCACAAGUACUUUCAGGGGGAUACAAGCAAGCUGUGUAUCCAACUCUACACAGAUGAGUUUGAACCUUGCGAUCCAUUAGCUGCAAAAAGGGGGAAACACAAGCUAAUGGUGGUUUAUUAUUCUGUCCUCAACGUUCCUCCCGAGUGUAGAUCACUUCUUCAGCACAUACACCUUGCAUUAGUCGUCAAGGAAAAGGCUGUAGAGCAGUAUGGCCUUCACCGCAUCUUGGAACCGCUUGUGAAAGAGAUUGUGGAGUUGGAGACGGAAGGCAUCGUCAUUGACUCUACAAAAUACACCGGAUCAGUGCUGUGCCUUACAGGAGAUAAUUUAUCAAGCCAUCGCGCAGGAGGCUUCUCUUGCGGCUUCAGUCAUGGCCGUGUGUGCCGCUUUUGCAUGGCUGUACAUCAUGAACUGUCUGUGAAACACAGUGAGAGAGACUUUGUUUUGCGCUCUCCACAGGGUCACAAGUAUCACCUCGAAAUGCUGGAGAAUGGCCUCCCAGCACUGUCAUUGUAUGGUGUGAAGUCACAGUGUGCACUGACGUUUGAAGGUUUUGAGCCAACAGAACACCUACCUCCCGAUCUAAUGCAUGAUCUUCAUGAAGGGGUCAUACCCUUUGUCUUGAAACAUGUGCUCUUUAGACUUGUUAUUCAAGACAAGUGUUUCACCUUAGAGACAUUGAACAAGUGCAUCGAAACUUUUGCGUAUGACCCAUGCGACGCAAAGAACAAACCAGAACCAGUUGCUCGAACUGCACUGGUAGGCAAGGGCACACUGAGAGGCAGCGCGUCGCAGAAGUUUUGCUUUCUUAGGCACCUGGCGCUCUAUAUUGGUGAAUGUGUGUCCUCAGAAAAUCGGGCAUGGAAAAUCUACCUUCUCCUCAGGGAGGUAGUCGACCUCCUAAUGUGCAGAGACAUUCCUGUUGACCACAUCCCCUAUUUGUAUCGUCGCAUCGUAUUGUUCAGACAAGAAUUUGAAUCUGUUUUUCCUGGUGUUAAAGUGCCGUGCAAGAUGCAUUAUCUCCUGCACUAUCCAUCCUUCAUCUACAAGUAUGGGCCACUGGUUGCAUUAUGGUCGAUGCGAUACGAAGCCAAGCACCAGUACUUCAAGGAUGUUGCCAGGAAAAUAAAAAACUUCAAGAACAUUGCUUUUUCUCUUGCACAGAGGCACCAGUUGUAUCAGAUGUUUGUGUGGACACAGCACACUUUGGAGGAUGCCAUAACCACCGUCGCCAGCAAGACUGUUGUUCUGGAGCAUGCACCUGAGCCACUUAGGUUAUAUCUUGCAAGCAGCAGUGGUCAGGAACAGCACAUUUGUUCCAUGAAAAGUGUGACAGUGAAUGCCAGAACAUACACCACGGGCUGUGUAGUGACACAACUCCAAGAAGAUGACUUGCCAGAUUUUUAUGAGGUGUGUGGCAUUUAUGCUGUCAACCGCCGUGUCACUCUCUUUCUAAGGCGGCUUGUCACGGAGGAGUUCGACACACACUUAUUUGCUUAUGUGGUGAGUCGCAGUCAGGAAACAAUGGUGACAGACAGACUUUCUGACUUCCUUUCUGACCUACAAACUGUCCACAGGAAAGAACACAGGGACGUAGUAAACCCACGACAAGCACUCCUGUGAUCUUGAUGUGGUUGUAACAGUUGUGACCUUGUGCAGUUACAGUUAGUGUGUAUGUGGUGUGUGCAGUGUAUAUAUACGUGUUGUUAUGAAGUGCAAUGCAUGUGUCAUUAUAAAAUUGGUG